AGUAUUAGUAUUAGACACGACGUUGCGGGCAGGUCACUGGCACAUCGAAGAAAAUUCAUUGAAAAUUCCCUACUAAUCCGAGGGCAAAGUGUACAAUGCUGAGGGCGUGGCUGGCACGGAAUGGCAGUCAAACACUAGAAUCGUCGAAUCUGCUUUUGAAUCUGCUCUGAAUCUGCUUUUCGAUCCGAUAUUAUUAAUUUGUUGCUGCUGCUCUAGUUUUGCGUCUCCGCUGCGAGGCAAGGCCGAUAAGAUAACGGGAGUGAGUGCACUGCGAAGAGGAGGAAUAACCCCAACAGAAAUCCCAACAGGCAUGGGGCGAAGCCUGGAGCUGGUUCUGCUGCUGCUGCAGCUGGGAUCGCUUCUACCCAGCACAUUGGCCGUAAACUGUCCGUGGCCCUGCAGAUGCACCUGGAUUGUGGACAGCCUGUACGCGGAUUGCUCGCGACGGGAUCUGCAGACGUACCCCGACUUUAACAAUGUGCCCGUGGAGCACUUGGAUCUGUCGGGGAACCAGUUCAACGAGUUCCCCACACAGUACGCCGAUAUAGACUCCCUGAUUUACAUGGAUCUGUCCAACAACCAGAUCUCCGCUCUCGAUGGCAAGGCCUUUAUCGGUUUCACCUCCCUGCGAACUCUGUUGCUGGCCAACAACUCCAUAGCGCGAUGGAUAGAUCUCAGCCCCAGUGAGUCCUUCAAGUACACGCCCAGUCUGAAGCGGCUGAGCCUCAGCGGCAACCAUUUGGGCAGCUUUGGCAGCGAGGAGAUGUACCAGCAGCUGCACAGCCAGUCCCUUACGGAGCUGGAGAUAUCCUCGUGCGGCAUUUCCUCCGUGGGCGGGGACCUGCUCGUCAAUCAACUACCCAAUCUGGAACGCCUGACUCUGUCUAAUAACAAGCUGGUCCAAUUGGCGGCGCUGCCCUCGCGCAGCCUGAGGAUGCUCGACCUGAGCAACUGCAGCAUUCAACGCCUGUCCAGCCCCUUUCUCGAUUCGCUGCCCAACCUGGAGACCCUAAACCUGUCGAGAAAUACGCAACUGCAGUUCGGCGUCCUCGACGAAGACCUCAUUUUGGCCUAUGAGCUGCGACGACUGGAUGUCUCCUACUGCAACCUUGACCAAAUCGAUCUCAGCGGGCUGCCGGUGCUCACGGAGGUGCGACUGCGGGGCAACCUUCUGCGGGUGGUGGAUAACGAGACCUUUGCCAAUAACACCAUGCUGGAGGUGCUCGAUCUCUCGCAGAACGUGUUGCGCCUCAUUGGGCAGGAUGCCUUCAGCAACUUGCGGCGUUUGAAGGAGCUGAAUCUGGCCUUCAAUGAGAUAGCCCGCCUCGACCGCAACUUUAUACGCAACAACGAUGUGCUCGUGGAGCUCAAUCUCAGCCGGAAUGUCCUCCAAAAGCUGACCAGGAUCGUUUCCAACUCCCUGCGCACCAUUAACAUGAGUUGGUGCGAGAUCACAUCCAUUGAGAGCUCCUCCCUGUCGAGUCUCUCGGCCAUACAGAAGCUGGACCUGUCCAACAAUCUGAUUAGUGACAUCCCAAGCAACAUGAGAUCGGAAACAUUGCAGCAGCUGAGCCUGGCCAACUGCAGGCUCUCUACGGUACGAAACAAUACCUUCAGGGAGUUCCCUGAACUGGCAGACCUCCACCUGAAUGGAAACCGCCUGACCAGUCCCAUUCCCCCUUUAUACUUCCGCGGCAACAAAUUCCUGGAUCAGCUCUGGCUGGGCGACAAUCCCUGGAUCUGUGACUGCCAUAAUGCCCUCUUUGUGGAGUUCUACGACUUUCUCACAACCAAACCAGUCAAGAUCAAGGAUAGGAAUCACUUGCGCUGCGCCGCUCCGGCCAUUUUCUAUGGCAAACUAUGGGAGUAUGCUUGCUCGGAUGUGUGGAUGGUAAAUGCGAGGAGCAGCAGCAGCGGGGAGAAGGCCUGGGGCAUCAUCAUGUUAACUCUGCUCCUGCUCGGGGGUAUGAUCCUCGGCUAUGCCUGCAUGCAAAAGUUCCUAAAGAAACGGAAGCGGAAUCAGAAUCACAGGGAAUACGCCGAGAAUGACGACGAACUGCGUCGCAUACGAGACCUCAACGACCGCAUCCUUUUGGAAGAAGCCACCCCCAGCCUGCAGCAGGCACAGGAGAUCAGUCUGCUGCCCUCCUACGAAGACGCCCUACGCAUGCCCAAACUGGAGCGACCCGUCAAGUCGAUGGUGGAUCUCUCGGGAAGCAACAGGCCGCAAUCACGAAAGCUUCGUCGCUCCCAGACCCAGGCCGACGGCGAUGCCUCCCAGUCCGAGGGCGAGGACGGACUUCAGCUGGACACGUGCCAGAGAUUCCGCAGCGUGGAGAUGCUCUCCAACAGGGACAAGGAACGGACAGCCCAGUACGGUCCGCGCAGGCGCACCGGCUACAUGGAAUACAACCAAUCGGGCAGUCGUCGCUUCAGCAUAGAGGACUCGCGCUUCCCGGCGGCGCACCUGAAGACACAAAACCUGCAGAGCGCCGAGCAGAUUGGGAACUUCCAGAGCUACGAGAACAGUCCAUACACUAAGCGCAGGCCAAAGAUUGCCGAGAUCCCGCCCUUUAAGCGGAUCAACAUGAUGGGCGCCAGCGUGGAGUUCCUCACAGAUCCCGAGUACGACGAUGUGAGCAGUAAGCCUGGCAGUCCCUUUGCUAAGCGAAGGCCCAAGCUGCCCGCUCCACCCACUAUGAAGGUCAGCGCACAGGUCUAUACCAUGCAGCAGCAGCAUGAACAACAGAAUCCUGCCACAGGCCAGCUGGACCCGGCCAUUGAGGACUACUUCAGCUCCACCCAGAAGGCCGCCUCCUCGUCCACCAUCGCCAGCGACUUCCAAGAGCUGCUGGCGCCCGAGCUGACCUCCCUGCCCGAUGAAAAUCGAUCAAAUGCGUCCACCUCGGAUACCGAGCAGGACCUGGAGCGCGGAAAGCGCAAGAAGCGGAAGAAUUCGGCCAGCGCUCGUCGCGUCUCUGGCAGCUUCUCCGCCGCCACGGCCGCCGAGAGCACCUCCAGUGAUUCGGAGCGCAACGUCCAAGUACACAAGCCAAUGCGAGAGACUUUAUUCUAA